AUGGCGCGUGCGACGAAACGCCGAAAGGCGUCCGGAAGGAGCAAAAAAGUUCUCGAUUAUUUGAAUAAUAUGUCAGCAAACCAAGAUGUUGAUGACGACGAUACUCACGCGAUAAAUAAACAGAAUAUGCAAGCGGAAUCGGCUGACCACGACGACGCGGAGAAUGAUCACAUAACAGGACGCGACAGCGAUCAGAGGCGAACAAGGCGAUCAGCUCGUUUGAAUAAAGGCAAAGCGGGUGAAGUUACCCCUGUGAUCGAGGAAAACAAUACACAAAAUUCAGACAGUUCGAUAUUUGUAUCACAAGAAGCGAAUAUUGAAGUCCAGGACGAUGAGGGUGGAGAUGAGGAGGCUGAGGAAGCGGACGAGGCCGAAGAAGGUGAAGCUGAAAGGGAGCCGGAGGAGGACGGGGAAUCUAUUAGCUCGGAAGACGAUAUCCCGAUAUCUGGCCCCAAAUAUCAGCUUCAACUAGAGCAAGAGCAAGCGAUUGUCUCUAGGAUUGCCAGUCCUUUUGCCGUGAUAAUUAAUGGAGAGAAAGAUAGGACGAGAAACAGGAAAACUUCUAUACCCGGGGCUAUGGAAAAUGAGUCUCCGCCUGCUGAAAUUAAUCAUGUCGACAACUCUGCAGAACUCAAUGAUAUUGAAGAUGCGGAGUCACAGCAAGAGGAAGAUGAUUACAACGAGUACGCAUCGGACGAAAAUCCGAACGUAGACGAAUCAGAAGAUGACAUGGGCUCCGCUAUGAGAGGGCUCUUUGACUGGGAUGCCGAGCAACCGCCUGAACCCGCACAAAGAACAAGAAUAGUCGAUAGACUGCAGCCGCAACCUCCAGAAACCGGUAAAUUAGCAACCCGCAAAAGGAAACGAGUAUCAAAUACGACUGCAGAUGGGCCUGAGAGCCGUCGCAGACGCAGGGAAUCACGGAAUGAGAACAUCGAGAUUGCGGUCAGCGGUGCGUUACCAGUAGCCUCUGCGUCUACGGCGGCUGGGGACUGGGAAGCCGGCGUAUCAGAAGAUGAAGCUCGGGACGAAGCGGCAGUAGUGGUCCAGCAUACAGCAUACGACGAAGCCACAAAAAUUAAAGAUCUACAAAGGAGCUGGAAACGUUUGAUGCAAAAUUGCGAGGAACUCAGGGCUACGGAGUCUUAUGAAACGCGGAAAUACGUUAGACUUGAGGCGAUUGAAGAACGCAUAUCGGACUUGAUCAAGGACUACAAGCGAAUACAGAAGAGGCGUUCUAGAGGCCGCGCUAUUGAUCCCAAUGCCUGGGAACAUACGGAGGAGGAAGUGAAAGGUAUUGGGAAAGACGCCGAUAAAAUUCGGAAAGUCGCCCAAAUGCGUGCAGAAGAAGGCAAAGAGAAGAAUGACUUGGAACUUCAAGUGGACGUGGUAGAUUAUGCAAAGCUGAUUUACAAGGACGUGAUGACGGGGUUGAGCGAACUGGCCCUGGAGUGCUUGAAAGCAUACUACUCCGAAGAAGACGAAUGGCUUUUGGCAGGAGGGUUUACAGCCGUUCUGAACAUACUGGAAAUUGCAGGUCGAAUCAACACUACGUUGACGUCGUUGCAUAAUUGCGGAUUAGUCGUGCUGUCUCCUGACCCCGGCCGGCAUAUACGGAUUGAACUGCGGCUUAUCCAACAAUCGCUAGCUGAUGCCGAAGCGUGUAGGGAUAGAAAGCUGCUCACUACAAGCAGCUAA